CAUUAGCAUUAUAGCCCCACCCCCACUUAAAGCUGCCCCUGCUUUUCUCCUCAAAGAUACAAGAACCUGUUACCCGGAUCCAGUAGCAGGCAUGGCCACCUCGGACAAGAAAAUAGAGGCUAAGAAAAGACAGCUCCUCAGCAUGAAAUACAACCAGAGGUCUCAGGUUGACUUCAGCGACAAGAGAGUUUGUGGACCCAAAGCACAGCUACUGGAGAAUUCAAUAUCUAACGAUGCUAAAACUUCGGCACCAGGGGUGGAGCUACUGGACCCCAGCUGUGAAUACCAUCUCGUCUGGAGAUCCAGCGUGGAGAAAAUACUAGUAAUAAAGAAGUUCAGAGAUGUGGAGGUCACUCGGAAGUUCAUGGAGCUGACCACCUGGCUAGUAGAAGAGAGGGGGUUAACUGUCAUUGUGGAGCCAGCUGUACUGAUGGAGGGAACUGUGAGGGACAGUGACGCUUACUCUAACACACGAGGGCAACUCAUCAGCUGGGAGGAUGGGAUAGAAGAGUCCCAAGUUGAUUGUCUGUGUGAGGCAGACCUGAUAGUGUGCAUCGGUGGAGAUGGGACCCUCCUCUACACCUCAUCACUCUUCCAGGAGAGCAUACCUCCGAUCGUGUCCUUCCACAUGGGAUCACUGGGAUUCCUUGCACCAUUCCAGUUCACCAAGACAGUGGGCAGUGCUGAGAAAAACAUUUACCAGGACUAUUUGGACAAGGCAUUGAAAGGUGGUGUGAGUCUGACCAUGAGGCUGAGAAUAGAGUGCUCUAUAGUAACCGACCACUCGGUGACAACCAAGACGGCUGAAGAGUGUCUCCUCUCACCAGAUCAGAGCCUCACACAAAACACCUUCUCCCUACCCAGAAAGAAGUGGAACAAGAAACUGGAGAUGUCCAAAGGAAUACUAGUGAUGAAUGACCUGGUGGUGGACAGAGGGCCUAAUGCUUACCUAUCUAAUCUGAUUGUCUACUGCAAUGAGCGAGAGAUGACCUCGGUACAGGGAGACGGUAUCAUCAUAGCCACGCCCACUGGCAGUACAGCAUACUCUCUGGCAGCUGGUGCCAGCAUGGUCCACCCGAGUGUACCGUGUAUGCUCAUGACUCCCAUCUGCCCCCACUCCCUCUCAUUCAGGUCCAUUGUCGUACCGGCAGGGGUCGAGCUAAAGAUCAAGGUUGCCCCUGGCAGCCGAAAUUCUGCCUGGGUUUCAUUUGAUGGCAGGAAUCGUCAGGAGAUCAAACAGGGGGACAGUGUUGUGAUAACGAUGAGCGAGUGGGCAGUGCCGUGUGUCAACAACACAGGUCAUGUGACAGACUGGUUCGACAGCCUUGCCGAGUGUCUGCACUGGAAUCAGAGGAAAGAGCAGAAGAAGUUCAAUCCAUAGCAUGCACAGAACACAAAACACAUUUAGUCUAUCAAUAAUCUCUAUUUUUUGGGGGAAUUGUGAUUAAGUAUUCCGUUUAACAUUGUAACUGCAUACACGUACUCUUACGAACAGUUUAAUACACAAUCUGAAACAACAGAAGUAUGCUGUUAAUCAAA